AUGUUACUGACCACUACGCUACUUUGUGCAAUUUUCCCUACUAUCCAGUUGAUGACAGUGUCAACCAAGUAUGGCGAUCUUGAGGGCCUGAUAGAUUCCUAUCCGAAUCCCUUCACUCCGUUCACAUCCGUCAUCAAGUUUCUUGGUGUUCCCUUCGCCGCUCCACCGAUUGGAAAUCUGCGGUUCAAGGCACCUCUGCCGCCAAACGAAUGGAAACCGACGGUUCGCCAAGCAAAAGUGCUCGGAAAGAUCUGUUGGCAGGAUAAAACCAACGAAUUUCUAGACAAACUUUUUAAUGAAAAUUUCAUAUACAGUGAAGAUUGCUUGUAUCUCAACGUCUACACCCCGAACGUUAGCCAAAGUUUCCCAGUGAUGGUUUAUAUCCACGGUGGUGGCUACGAACUCGGUUCGGCCCUUCCAUGGCCCGGUGAUAUUUUGGCUCUUCAGGGACUGGUAGUUGUAGUGAUUCAAUAUCGUCUUGGUCCAUUUGGUUUCUUGACUACCGGAGAUUCCGCGUCCCCUGGAAACUUUGGAAUGUUGGAUCAAGUCGAAGCUCUGAAAUGGGUCAAAGAAAACAUUGAGAAUUUUGGUGGGAAUCCCAACAAGGUGACCAUAUUUGGAGAAAGCGCCGGGGCAACAAGCGUAAGCCUCCAUUUGACGUCGCCUCUUUCCCAGGGGCUUUUCCACCGAGCUAUCGCGGAGAGUGGUGUAGACUUGUGCUCCUGGGCAAUUCAACCAACUUCAUUUGGUGUCAAUUACGCUAAAGACCUUUCUCAAAAAUUAAACUGUCCAGUGGGUAGCCACGAUGCUAUGGUAAACUGCAUACGAGAGAAAGGCGCCGCUGACAUACAAAAUGCGUCUAAGUCAACAAACAGUUAUCGGUCUGUUGAUUACCUUCAAUGGGCACCUGUUGUGGAUAAAAACUUUCUUCAUGAUACACCUCAAAAUCUACGAGGAAAAGGCGAUUUUGAGCGAGUACCGUUAAUGAUUGGUUUUACCAGCAACGAAAGCGCGGACAGUCUUGAAUCCAUGGCGGAGAAGUUUUUCGGCCUGACAGAGAGCGUAGACAAUGGAGUCAGCCCGGUUUAUUUCAAAACAUUUAUAGCUAAACUUUCGCAAGCUCUAAACAGCAGGUUAAUCUAACACUGUAUAUUGAAUGUUUUUCUUUUUAUUAUUGCAAAAAUUUAUCACCGGAAGAAGGCUUCCACACAGGUCGCUGAAACCUUGGGGCACUGUCGCCAACAGCAGGGACCGCGGAGUAUAUUUUGGAUCGGUGGGGCUAGCUCGCGCUACGCGCGAACUCGACUGACUCCAACGGCGCCACUUGUCGGAGGACAUAACGUCUCUGAAAAACUUUGAAAUUUAGAGCUUCUGAAAUCAAUGGAAAGGCAUUUACUAUUUCUAAUUUUAUAUCACCACUCUGUUAGUUUUCUGCACAAAAACGUACAUUUAAAACAUAAUUAUAGCAUGAUAUGACGUUCAUUCCAAGUGGCAAAAUUUAUAACCUUUUGCAAGGAUAAUCACGGCCACCUUCGCUGUCACUGAACAGUAAUUCUAUUCAAGAGAACAACUUUUACAGUUAAUUAUGAUGUUAGUCCCGGGCUCAAGCCAUUUACCGUUUUCGUCUUUCUAACUCUUCUCUUUUUUCCUUUUUCUUUUCUUGUUCUAUUUUGACAACCUUGAUCAUGAGCUGAGGCCAUUUCCCUUUCAUCUGAAGAUGGCACACUCUCAAGCUGUUGAGAAGCUGGGGAUCAUUUUUCGAUGAUUUUGAAUAAAAACAGCUCUAUUUACAACCACACUUUCACAACCUCAAAACAACUGAUUUUCUGACCCAGAAACCAAACUCGAGUAUUAUUACUGCCCAUUCAAAUCAUUUACACGUUGUAUCAUUUGUUUUAGGAACCAAACCGCUGACCUAAUCGCAGAUGCCUUGGAGUUCAUGUACACCUCGUGGCUAAUAACAGUGACAAAUACGCCCUGAGAAUCCAGCUAGUAAGUCUCGUCAGUGACAAAGAAUACUUCGCACCAAGUCACCAGGUCGGCGAUAUUCAUAGUCGAGUUUCUUCGGUUUACAUGUACGAGUUCGCUCGUCGACCAAAAACUAUACAGGCAGCCGAAUGGAUGGGUGUGCCUCACGCUGCAAAUGUGAUAUUUGACUUUGGCUGGCCAUUCCUACCGAAUUUCGCAGGUGUUUACGACGACGCUGAUCAAAGCGUCUCUUUGUUUAUUAUGACCACGUACGCAAACUUUGCCCGGUCCGGCGAUCCCACACCCCAAUCAGUCAGCGGCAUUACCUGGGAAGGCUACAAUUCGAGUCACAGAGCUUACCUACAAGUUGACACAAUUCCCAAGAUGAAGUCGUCAUUUAAUCCCCGUCGAGUUUCUUUUUGGAAUGACUACUACGUGAAACUGACGGAGACAAACUUUGAUUCUAAGGAGAUAGUGAGCAGUGCAAGCCCCACCAAUGUUGCCAUGGCGGCGUUUAAUCUGAUUGUUGCUUUAACCAUCUUUUUCAAGUGA